GGGGAGCCGGAGCAGGCGCCGGCCGCUGGGAGCGAAGCGCCGAAUCUCUCGGCGGCGGGAGCGCGGGCCGGAGCUGCAGAGGUCAAGAGGCAGCUCCCAGUGAAAGAUUGUGAUUGUUUCCAAGACAGCAGGCAGUGGGAAGGCAACGAGAAGUCACCACAAAAAGCUCCCAUUACCUAAAUGAUUUAUAAUGGUCUUCAGUUGCCAAAGAAGGUUGUGGAUGCCAAGAGAAAGGUAACCAGUUUCUCCAGUGCAGUCGGAUGCCUGUAGCAGUCCACCUUGGCUGGCUGCAGACAUGGCAGACAUGGCCAGCUACAAGGAUUCUGCCUCCAGUCGCCAUCUGCGGUUUAAAUUACAGAGCCUGAGCCGCCGCCUCGAUGAGUUGGAGGAAGCCACAAAAAACCUCCAGAAAGCUGAGGAUGAGCUCCUGGACCUCCAGGACAAGGUAAUCCAGGCAGAGGGCAGCAACUCCAGCAUGCUGGCUGAGAUCGAGGUGCUGCGCCAGCGGGUACUGAAGAUUGAAGGUAAAGAUGAGGAAAUCAAGAGAGCAGAGGACCUGUGUCAUACGAUGAAGGAGAAACUUGAAGAGGAGGAAAACCUUACCCGAGAGCUAAAAUCUGAGAUUGAGUGGCUUCAGAAACGAAUGGCUGAUCUAGAGAAGCUAGAGGAGGCUCUGAGCAGGAGCAAGAACGAAUGUUCCCAGCUUUGUUUGAGCCUGAAUGAAGAGAGAAAUCUGACCAAGAAAAUCUCUUCUGAGUUGGAAACGCUCAGAGUCAAAGUAAAAGACCUGGAAUCUUCAGAGGACCGCUUGGAUAAAACUGAGCAAAGUUUAGUAUCAGAAUUAGAAAAGCUAAAAUCACUAACCCUGAGCUUUGUAAAUGAAAGAAAAUACUUGAAUGAAAAGGAGAAAGAAAAUGAAAAAUUAAUAAGAGAGCUUACUCAAAAACUGGAGCAGAAUAAGAAAAUGAACCGAGAUCAUACAAGGAAUGCUUCUACCCUUCUGGAGAGGAGUGACCUGCGUAUUGAGGAUGGCAUCUCCUCCACACUGCCAUCCAAAGAAUCCAGAAGGAAGGGCAGUCUGGACUACCUAAAGCAGGUUGAGAAUGAAACCAGAGACAAAUCAGAAAAUGAAAAGAACCGGAACCAGGAGGACAACAAAGUCAAAGACCUCAACCAAGAGAUUCAGAAACUUAAGACACAAAUCAAACACUUUGAAUCUUUGGAAGAGGAGCUUAAGAAAAUGAGGGCUAAAAACAAUGACCUUCAGGAUAAUUACCUAACUGAGCUGAAUAAAAACAGAAUCUUAGCUAGCCAGCUAGAGGAGAUAAAGCUGCAAGUCAAGAAACAGAAAGAGUUAGGAAAUGGGGACAUUGAAGGGGAAGAUGCUUUCUUAUUGGGCAGAGGCAGGCACGAGAGGACUAAGUUCAGAGGCCAUGGGGCUGAGGCACCCAUGUCCAGGCACACAUCCCGGGAACUGUCUCCUCAACAUAAGCGGGAAAGGAUCCGGAACAGGGAGUUUGCUCUCAAUAAUGAAAACUAUUCUCUAAGCAACAAGCAGGCUUCUUCUCCUAUUUUCACCAACAGAAGGGCAGCAAAAGCUUCUAACACGGGAGUGGGUACAGACAGUGGACCUCAAGAGACAAAGAGAGCUGAAGACCGAUUUUUACCUGGGUCCUCUCAGAGUGAAGGGAAAAAGAAUAGGGAGCAGCCAUCAGUGCUUAGCCGUUACCCUCCUGCUGCCCAGGAGCACAGUAAAGUUUGGAAGGGAACUCCCAAGCCAGGCACUGAGAGUGGACUUAAGGGGAAAGUUGAGAAGACAACUCGAACAUUCAAUGACUCCACCCAUGGGUCUGUUCCCAAUGAUACAAUGGGUAGAGGUGAUAAGACUUCUGAGACCUCUGAGGCAUACUGUGGGAAGAGGGGACAGGUGCCUGGCAAUGGAAGUCAAGUUACUCAGGCUGUAGAUUCUGGCUGUUCUAAGACCACCGGAGCUCUGUCCUCAUCCCGAAGAGCCUCCUCAGAAGGGAUUUCUAAGGGCAAAAAGGCUGCUAAUGGCCUGGAGGCUGAUGCCAAUUUUCCAAAUUCUAAAGCUCCUAUUUUAUCAAAGUAUCCUUAUAGUUCAAGAAGCCAAGAAAAUAUACUUCAGGGCUUUUCCGUGCCAAAUAAAGAAGGAGUUGAUCAGUCUGUAGCAGUUGUAAUGGAAGACAGCAGCCAGCAUGAAGCCCUGAGGUGUCGUGUCAUCAAAUCCAGUGACAGAGAGAAGCCAGACUCGGAUGAUGACUUGGACAUAGACUCUCUUGUUACUGCCAAGUUGGUGAGCACAACUAUCACUCCAGAGCCAGAGCCCAAACAACAGCCAAACUCUAGAGAAAAGGUCAAGUCCCGAGGGGGACCUAGGACUGCCCUAUUUGAAAAUGAUAAAAAUGCUGCAAUAGAAAAUGAAUCUGUGAAAUCUACCAGUGCUUCCUCCAAUACUGUAGAAUUGCCAGAUGCCAAUGGUGCUGGGGUAAAAAACCAAAGGCCCUUCAGCCCUAGAGAGGCCCUGCGGUCUAGAGCAAUUAUAAAACCUGUUAUCAUUGAUAAGGAUGUGAAAAAAAUCAUGGGAGGAUCUGGAUCUGAGGUUGCCCUAGAGAAGCAGAAAUCCACCUCUAAACCGGUGCCAAGCAAAGUAACAAGCAGCAUCACCAUCUACCCCACCGACAACAGUGGCCCUAGAGCCGUCCCAGGAGAGGCCCCAAGGGAGAGGCACACCUCCACCAGCAACAUCCAGGUGGGGCCCCCAGAGCUUACAGCAGCUAGCAACCAUGUCAACUCCCCCCUCGAGCUCUCUAUUCAUAAACAUGACAUUACCUUGCAGCUCACAGAAGCUGAAAGAAUGGGAGAUGGCUCUCCAAAGAAUAGACCAGAGACAGUGGUCUCUCGGAGCAGCAUUGUAAUUAAGCCAUCCGAUUCUGUAGAGAGGAAUAGUCAUGCCCCCCCAGCGGAGACAAUCAGGUGGAAAAGCCACAGUGCCUCUUCAGAGGUGGGCUGUUCAGACGCCAGACACGUCACUGUGCGGAAUGCCUGGAAGAGUAAGCGAGACUUGAAAUGUUCAGAAGACACUCAAACUCGAGUAGGUAGGCAUAUGGAAUCUACCAAUGCCUACACACAGAGGUCUUCCACAGACUUCUUAGAGCUUGAACAGCCCAGGUCCCUCCCUUCUGAACAGGGCAUUCGAAAGGUAGGAAAUGCAGGGGAUGCUCCUGAACUUUCCUCCAGAAGGACCCAAAGUAGCCUCACCGCAUCAGAAGUUCUCACCCGGAGGAAUCGGAUAGGAGACGCCAUCACAGCCUCCUCCUGGAACCACUCAGUAAGCAUGGAGGAAGGGGAGGACAGCACGUCUGUUAUCAGCAGGCGAGUGCACAGCGCCUUGGAGCAUUCUGAGCUGCCUGGGAAGCAGGGGUUGCCAGAGCCUGAGCGAGUCUGGGCUGAGGAGCGACUACAGCCAGCCAGGCCUCACGCUGAGGAAGACUGAGCCAGCUAGCUUCCCUGACUUGGCUUUUGGCUAACCAGUUUCUGGGAGGCAGAGCAUGAUACCAAAUGGAAUGACACCGUCCUCCAACUCCAGCUCUUGGCUCACCUUCCAAAGGCAUCGGAAACAGAUCUCAUGCAUCUCCUUUCCUGGGCACAAACGUUGCUGCUGGCAUCACCUCGGCUCUCCCCAGGGGCUGGAAACUUCAGUUGACUUCUCAUCAUUCUCAUCUUGGGAAAAUCCCUAGACUGAGCUGGCUGAUUCAGGAUACUCUGCCUUCUAGGAAGUGCCCAGCAAGUGGGAACGCAAACAAGAACAAGUGAAUUCCUUUAGUCACUCCACAAGCAAUAGCUCCAUGAAAGAAAGGCAUGGACUGACUGCUCUCUCCCAUUCCUCUUCCGCCCCAUGGAAGAGGCCUCGCACUUUACCAUGCUGACUGCUGAUGCUCCAUUCCCACAAAAGCAAGCCCUUAUGUCUACGAGUAAAUCAUUAUUUCAGUGAUUUCAUUGGAGGAAAGCCAAUAUCUCUGCCUGUUAAGGGCCUCAGAUUUAUGCAGUUCAAAGUGCAUUAAGCCUUUUAGGAAGGCAAAUAAAUAAAAAAAAACUUAUCUCCUUAUACCAACUACAUGGGGAGGUUAAGAACUGUUUGCUUGUCGCUGGAGUUUUGAAGCAUUCUUUCAGUUCAAAGGGCUCCUCCAUGGCUGCCUUUGUGAAAUGGAUGUCACUGUCUCAUCACUAGCAGUCUGGAAGCCACUUCCCCAUCUCUCCUGGCUUGUCACUCCUCGCUCUGUGACCUUUGGCAAAUCAUUGUCUUCUUGGAGCCUCAGUUUCCCCUAUCUUUAAAAUGAGUUCUUUGUUGGUUUUUCAUUUGUUGCUCGCAUGUGUGUACACAUGUGCAUGCUGUAUUGAACCUAGGACGUGGCAUGCUAGGCAAGUGUUCUGCCACUGCUGCUUCACAGCUCAAAUGAGUUCUUUGGAGCGGAUGACCUCUAAGGCCUUAACUUUGGUGUUCCAAACUUGUUUUCACCAUGCUGCGUGAGCUGACUCUUGCUUUUGGAAGGUGAUGUUCACAGGAGGCUGGGGAAUGUCUUUCUGCCUUCAGUUGUCUUCCUGGUCUUAUACUUUCUCCUCAUGUUUCUGUCAUGGGGGUGAGCUCAGAGAACUCUGUAAGGCCUGUCUUCAGUCUGAGGUGAAGGGAUUAGAUUGGGUGGUCUCAGGUCUAUGUGGCACCAGUGUCCCCCAGUGCCACGCUUCCUGGCUUUCAAGCUAGGUGCUUUCUGUAACACAGAUCUGUUUGAUUCCUGUUUCCGUGCCUCUCCUGUGAAUUUCCUGGCUACAGGGAAGACUCAGGACAUCCUCAGGAGGACUGAGUAAUCUCCUCCACACUUCCUCAGCACACACACUGGCACCAUCUGCCCUUGUCUGCAUCAGACUCAGCCAUCCUGCCAGGGUGUGGGGAGAUCUACUGUGUUUGCUUUUUUGUUUUUUGAAUCCCCAGGGACAGGAACAACUUGCUAGCACUUCUGUUAUAAUGGAGUUUUGCUAACCUGAGGGCAUUGCCAUGUGUCUUGCCUCCAUAUCCCAACUUGAUGUACAACUAGGAUAGUGUUUUCAAGAUCUGUUCCUGCUGCUGCUUUUGGGUCACUGGCCAGAACUCCUUCGCUCAAAGCUGCAACCUCUCACUUUCAGUCCCCCUGCCACUCUCCUGUGCCAGUCGGCAGCCCUGAGUUCAAAGGAAGCAGACCUCUGUGGCGGUCCACUGAAGAGUGUAGGGAACUAAGUCUGUGGAUCUUCUCUGCAGAUAGAAACAAGGGCACCAAGCCCUGCUUCAAAAGAUAACACCAAUAAUUUUUGUCUUUGGGUGUUGAGCCCUGUAUUCUGGUGCUGUAGCUCCUGGUGCCAAAGUCUGGAUCUUUCCACGUUUUAGUAGCACCAACAUCUGCUGCUAUUUGAAAUGUUCUGUGGAAAAGGGACAGCAGUGGGCUGCCAUUUUGAAAAUCCGAGUGCAAUAGCAUUUGAUUGUAACAAUUAUUUCAGGAUAUUAUUUCUUUAAUCUGCACACUUUGUUGAACCGCUGUAAAGUAGAUUUUAUUUUUAAAUGCCUUCAGCAUUGCAGACAACAAUGUUUAUACUAAGCAAGUGAAAUUUGAAGGGUUUGGUUCCUCUGUGCUUCCCGUGGAAUUCCAAGGGUGGAAGGCACAUCACUUCUGAAAAAAAGAUCACCAAGAUUUAACCUUUGAGUCCAAGCUGGAUGUUAGAGGAAGCCUCCAAAUAGAAGGAAGACCCAUAGUCAAACUGUUGUCUAAGCAAGCCAAAUAUUCCCUUAAUCCCCAACAGGCUCAUUUUUAUGACAAGUGCUUCUCUUCAGUAGUCUCGGUAGAUGGCUGAAUUGAGCCAGCAGGUGUGUAUCCAACAGUUCUGAGUUAGAAGAACUUGGUUCUAGAACUGCUUGGCUGGUGUCCUCUACCCGCUGCUGUUCCCUGCCACUUGGGUAAUGAAACGGUCAGAAAAGGCUGCAGGGCGGCAGGCAGGAAGCCAUGCUAGGUCUGUUUCUGUGGCAGUGGAACAGUUCAGAGUAUGAGCUAAAGGGAUUUGUGUGGGGCCAAGGCUACAGGCAAGCUUGCACACCAGCCAUCCCUAUCCUGCAGCAGGGGCCGGUGCCUAGAGUAGGAACGGACUUCUUGUCCUGGGCAGUGUCAGUUAGAUUCAGUGGGUCAGUAAAGAAGCAGGGACAGAGGCUGGCCCCUGGCUGCCUGUGUCGGCAUGGGUUCUUUCCCUGACAAAGACUGCUUUGUAAGAGCUGCUUUCUAGGGAUUAUCUUUUGAACACCCUGAAUGGGGAACAGGGUUCUCAACACCUCAACCAAGGUCAUAGGAAAGAGGUCCUAUUUUCCUGCUGCUUCACAGCUCAGAACAUGUAUUGAAUGGAAUGUAUUUUUAAGAGAAUAAAGUCUAUUUUUUGUAUUUUAAAGAUUGGGAGGGCUAUGAAGAUAGCCCUUAAAUAAACUUACGCAUGAUCAGCCCUUUACUGGGGCCUCAGCUCUGUUGGUCCAUACCUGCUUGUCCAGGCAAGUGGCUCUGGCUUCACCUCUGCCCCUUGGAGUCUAGGUGCAGCAGCUUCUACAUUCCUGCUCCAAGUACGGGACCAGAGAGGCCAGGAACUGCCUCUGGAAAGCAGGGCACAGCCACGGGCAGUGGCUCAGGGCUCCUUGGGUGCAUGUGUAUAGUUGAAGCUGCCUGUCUGCAUGUGUCCUUAGGCUGUAAUGCUCUCUGUUGGCUCUGCAGCACAAUAUUGUAACCAAUAAAGCUCCCUCGUUUCUAUAUGCU